AUGUCGUACUUCAUACCUCUCUUAGAGGCGUCUAUCCUGAGCUAUGACGGCAGUAUGUACAUGAAGGUGGUGAUGCCUGCGGUGAUGCACACAGAGGCAGAGGACGUCUCCCUACGCUUUAUGUCCCAGCGUGCAUUUGGGCUCCUCAUGGCCGCUACCUCCCGGGACUCCGCCGACACGCUCCGUCUGGAGCUGGACAGCGGCCGUGUCAAACUCACGGUCAACCUAGACUGUGUCAGGAUAAACUGUAACACCAGCAAGGGACAAGAGACUCUAUAUGCGGGCCAAAAGCUCAAUGAUAAUGACUGGCACUCUGUCAGAGUGGUCCGACGCGGUAAAAACUUCAAACUGACAGUCGAUGAAGACAUAUCUGAAGGCCAGAUGGCAGGCGACCACACCCGUCUGGAGUUCCAUAAUGUGGAGACAGGCAUUCUGACAGAGAAGCGUUUCAUCUCGUCCUCCCCCUCCUCUUUCAUUGGACAUCUGCAGGGCCUGAAGUUCAACGGUAUGUUCUACAUUGACAUGUGUAAGAAUGGAGACAUUGACUUCUGUGAGCUCAACGCCCGCUUCGGCAUGCGCUCCAUCAUUGCUGACCCGGUGACCUUCAAGUCCAAGGGCAGCUAUUUGGGCCUGGCCACCCUGCAGGCCUACACCACCAUGCACCUGUUCUUCCAGUUCAAAACCACAUCGCCUGACGGAUUCAUACUGUUCAACAGUGGAGACGGGAACGACUUCAUUGCUGUGGAGCUGGUCAAAGGGUUUGUCCACUAUGUGUUUGAUCUGGGGAACGGGCCCAGUCUACUGAAGGGGAACAAUGAGAGAGCUCUGAAUGACAACCAGUGGCACAACGUAGUCAUCACUAGGGACGCCACCAACACACACACACUGAAGGUGGAUGCCAAGUCUGUCACACAGAACAUCAACGGAGCCAAGAACCUAGACCUCAAAGGUGAUCUGUUUGUGGCAGGUCUGGGGCCCAACAUGUAUCAGAACCUUCCUAAGCUGGUGGUCUCUAGGGAGGGUUUCCAGGGCUGUCUGGCGUCUGUCGAUCUCAACGGCCGUCUGCCUGACCUCAUCAAUGAUGCCCUGUUCCGCUCCGGACAGAUCGAACGCGGCUGUGAAGGACCCAGCACCACCUGUCAGGAGGACUCCUGUACCAACAUGGGCGUGUGUAUUCAACAGUGGGAGAACUUUACCUGCGACUGCACAAUGACCUCUUACACAGGGACACAGUGCAACGACCGCAUUGCAUAA